UUUAUUAUUUUCCUCCAAUCCCAGAAAAGCUCCCUUCUAGUAGUUUAGGAAGGAAGCGUUAUCUAUCUCCAAACCUAUCCCAUCCAUCCAUUCAUACAACAAAGAAAGGUCUUAGCCAACAUAGCCCCUUCCCCCUCCCCUUCCCCUUCCCACCAGAAAGAAAAAAGAAAUGCCAACCUUGAAUCUCUUCACAAACAUACCAGUUGAUGCUGUUACAACCUCCGAUAUUCUCAAAGAUGCCACCAAGGCUCUUUCUAAAAUCAUUGGCAAACCUGAAUCUUAUGUGAUGGUUGUGAUGCAUGGAGGGGUACCUAUUGUAUUUGCGGGAACAGAAGCACCAGCUGCGUUUGCUGAAGUAAUCUCCAUUGGUGGACUUGGGCAAAGUGUUAACGCAAAACUGAGUUCAACUAUUGCAGAUAUUCUUCAAACUAAGCUCUCCAUUGAUAGCUCCCGUUUUUAUAUAAAGUUUUUCGAUUCCCCGCGCCCGUUCUUCGGCUUUAACGGCACGACUUUCUGAUGAUCUCCAAAUCUAGUUAAUUCAAAUCUAUAGGUAAGCCUGUAUAUGGCCAUUGUAAGCCAUGUUUGGAUUUCAAUCUGGUGAUUGUUUAUUCUCAAGUUAUUGUUUUCUCAAAGGCAGUGCUCCAUAAAUCCUUUUAUACCUAAAGAUUAAAAUGUUCAGCAUUUCUUUCCUUCA